AUAUUUUGUCUGUCAUUCUACUUCGUUUGCAAAAGUUGUGGUUGUGGACAAAUACAAAAUAUUAAAUCAGAAUUUGAAUUGCUGAUGAUUAAAAAUGUCUGAAAUGGACAUAUCUGAGAGUAGCAGCGAGUGCUCGAAUGAUUCACUUCUUCUUGACCGAGUUUUUCUAAGACUCGGGAAUGCUGAUACCGAUGAGCAAUUGGAAAAUUGCUUGAAUAGAUUCCUGCCUCCUGUUAUUCUUAAACUUUCAUCUCCCCAUGAACAGAUUCGUACUAAAGUCAUGGAGCUUUUGAUUCAUGUGAACAAGAGGGUUAAAUGUCGAAAUGAAGUGCAAUUGCCUGUCGAAACUCUUCUACAACUGUACAGGGAUCCUAAAGCUAAUAGUUUUAUUAUUAAUUUUUCUAUAAUUUACAUCACAAUGGGUUUUCCGAGACUCCCAAAAGAUAAACAAAUAAGUUUAACACCGACUCUACUUGAAGCUAUUGAGAACAAACCAGCAGCACAUCAAGAUGGUAUCUUAAUGUUAGUGAUGCCACUACUUGGUGAUGUUAAGGAGACAGAUCUAAAUUUAAAAGAGAAGCCAAAACUAUCCAACUUAAUUCUUAAAUAUGCUACAGAUAUCCUCUUGUUGCCUUAUAGAGCAUUGCCCAUUGGCGGAGAGAGUGACUUUCAAGUGCCUCCAGGAAUGAGCCUUAAGUCCUACAAGAGACUUGUAGAAAAGAAUCAGAUCAACCCUAAUCAACUUGAAGAGAUGAAACUUUCCAUCGUGAAUUUUAUAAGCAAAGAUAUUUUUAACGUGAAUGAUAUUCUCGUACCGCUGAUAGUAGCCGCUGCGGAUUCUCGCUUUAGCGUCGCAAAUCACGCCAACAGUCCACUUAUCCGAGUCAACAGUUCUGUAGAUUGGUCGCUGCCUUCAGUGGUGUCACCGCUCUACUCUCUGUAUCUAGGUACUUGGGGAGGGUUGAAAGUACCUCAAGAUGACCGCAAAGUACCAGCUUGCACAAGACUUCGUUUGAAGCUCAUACAAUACUUAAACAAGGCGACAGGCGCGGCCAUUAUGUUUCCUCACUGUGUACAAGUUGUAUUUUCGUCUCUUUUUGAUCCAAACACAAAUACCCGACUACGUAACAUGUCCCUUAUGUUUUUGCUGAAUGUGAUAAAUAAUGGAGAUGAAGUCCAACUGAGAAAAGUGUCGACAGUGUUUCUCCAAGGACUACUCAAGCUGAUAAGAUCUGAAGAGCACGCGGAACAUCAACCCAAGGCUUAUAUGUGCUUAGGUAGACUGGCAAUGAAAUGUCCAAACAGUUUCAACAACCAAUUCGCUCUUAUCGAGGAGCUCGUCAAGAAGAUACCGGAUGCUGUUCCAGAGAUAAAGACGGCAUUACGAGACGCGUUAUUAGAGAUGGCCGUUGCAUACAAGAUUAACGCCGAAGAUGAACCAGAACCGAUGGACACAUCUGAGCCGAGCACCUCUCAAAGCGACGUGGAUGUGGAAAUGAGUUCGGAGAGCAAAAAAUCAAAGCCUAGUCCAUUCGACGAACCUCAGGCACUUGCUUUAUUCGCUCUUCUGGACCACUAUAUGCACAGCGAAGAAUCUAUGAUCCGGUAUGUUGCUAUGAGAUAUUCGGCAACUGUUUUCCCUCAAGACUAUGUGCCAUCCAGAUACCUACUGCUAAUAGCCAGUGGAGACAGCCAAGAUGACGUGUCAACCGAGGCACUGAAAUGUUUAUAUGGGACAUCGCGACCAAAUGAAAUCGAAGAUGUAGUGAACAAUGUAUCAAUCAAAGAGGCAACCGUAGCGAGUAUAGAUGAGGAUAUCGCCAAAAGAGAGAAGGACAAACAAGAAAACCAGUUUAAAGUACCGAAAUUUAAGGAUGUUGUCAAUUAUAUUUGGGAUCAGAUACAGAAACGGAAGACGGGUUCUAAUGCUAAACAUAGGUUUGUAAUCAGCAAUCAGGUGUUGCAGUUCCAUCCGCAAACUUACCAGGAGAUAUUGAGAUACUUAAGAAUGUGUUUGAAUCGUGAUGCUAAUCUUAAAGAUUGUUCGAACCAUCCCAAUGCCACCUCACCAGUCCUCGCUAAAUACAUUCAAGAAAACUUACUGGAAACUGAAGUACUCGAUCGUUACUUGACGAUGAUAACGACACUUUUAAAUGCUAGCCCAGGUGUUAUGGCUCUCACCUGCUUCUUAGACAUUGUUGGAUGUGCGCCGAAGAAAAUGGCCGAUAAAUAUACCCAAAUUUUGCCAUUCCUCAAAAAUCUAUUUACGACUAGCACUAAAGAGGACAUUCGAGAAAAUUCUGCUGCUAUCUACGCUAUAAUCACCGUCCAUACAAAUAAUAAAGCUUCUAUUGAAAACGAGAUCAAGGAGUUCGUGGAGCAAAGUCAGAAGAAUAAGAAUUUGGAAAGUCAAUGCGGCUACUUGAUUGCAUUCACGCAUUUAUGCGAGAGAUGUAUAGUUUUGUCGAAAAAAGGGACUUUUGGUGGUAAGGGCUUUAAUCCAAGCAAUUGGGAACCUUACAAAAAUGGCGCGUUGUGUUUAGCAAAUUUCCUAUCCAGUCCCCAAACACUUCUAGUUAGUACGUCAUGUACUGCGGCGUCCAUAUUGGUGCGUUGUAGUGCGUUGCCUCUACCCAACAUAUCAUCGAAGCAGGAAUUGUUAUUACAAUCAGAUAAUCCAUUUAAAAUCGACCAAAACAGUGGUAUUGAUGAUGAUAUUACAAAGUUCUCGGUGGCCGAAAAGUUGUUCAGGAUUGUUGGAAACGCGAAGUUACCUUCGAAGGUUAAAGAGAGAUCGCUAUUAACACUCGGUCUGAUGUGUUGUGGCGAGAGGCUGCCGUUUGCAAAACAGAUUGUCAAAGGAUUUCUACAAAUGGCUAAAGAUAGCAAAGAAUUCGAAAUACAUCUGCAAAUAGGUGAGUCACUGGUACUUUGCGUUGAAGGCGUCAACUCUAAUGAGAACAGAGAUCUGUGGACCGAAUUACCGAGAGACGGUGUUGCGAAAGUAAAAGAUGCAGAUGGGUUGAAGGAGAACGAUGAGCUCUUAAAGUGGUUGCUUUUAGAGUUAUUCAAGAUUGGCAGACAACCACAUCCACAUUCUAGACAGGCUACAAGUAUUUGGUUAUUGGCUCUGUUGAAAAAUUGUCCUGAAAGAGAACCGAUAAAGAGUUCGCUGCAGCAAUUGCAGGACAUGUUCAUGGACUUCCUAUCAGAAAACAGCGAUAUAGUCCAAGACGUCGCAAGCAAAGGCUUAAGUCUCGUGUACCAAAAUUCGGAUGAAAGUCAAAAGAAGGCACUGGUGUCUGAAAUUAUAGAACAAUUGACAAGCGGUAAAAGAUCUGUGGCAAAAGUCACCGAGGAUACGCAGAUAUUUGAAGAGGGGCAGUUGGGAAAGGCUCCUACUGGAGGAAAUCUCUCGACAUACAAAGAACUCUGCUCCCUGGCAUCGGAUUUGAAUCAGCCCGAUUUGCUUUAUAAAUUCAUGCAUUUAGCUCAUCACAAUUCAAUUUGGAAUUCAAAGAGAGGCGCGGCGUUCGGCUUCCAGUCCAUCGCGCAGCAGGCGGGCGCGGCGCUGGGCGCGCACGCGGGCCGCAUCGUGCCGCGCCUGUUCCGCUACCGGUUCGACCCCACGCCGCGCAUCCAGGCCUCCAUGGCCUCCAUCUGGUUCGCGCUCGUGCCCGACACCACGAAGACCGUCCAAAAGUAUCACAAGGAGAUAUUGGACGAUCUAGUUACCAAUCUCACGUCCAAUCAGUGGCGAGUGAGGAUGUCGUGUUGCAACGCUCUAGCUGAUCUUCUGAGAGGCGCUCAGAGCCUGCAGGCGUCUCUGCCACAACUGCCGACUCUGUGGUCUCAGCUCUUCCGUGUUAUGGACGACGUACACGAAGGCACGCGUCUCGCUGCCACCUCCACUGCCAACGUGCUAUCUAAGUUAUGCAUUCAAGCGUCAGACGUAAACCAGGGUAAAGACGGCAAGGAAAUUGUAUCAGCUAUAUUACCCGUUCUCCUGGAGACGGGAAUUACCAAUUUGGUUAAAGAAGUCAGGAGUGUCAGCCUGCAGACGGUGUCGAGGCUGGUGUCGGCGGCGGGCAGCGCGCUGGGCCCGUUCCUGGCGCGGCUGGUGCCGGCGCUGGCGGGCGCGGCGGGCGAGCUGGAGGCCGCGCAGCUGUCCUACCUCAGCACCGCGCUGGCCGACAGCGGCUCGCGCGAGCUGCUCGACGACAUGCGCGCCAGCGCCGCGCGCCGCCACUACACCACCGACACCAUGGUCAAGUGUAUGCCAUACAUAAAUAUAGAAAUUAUGAAGGAGAUGUUGCCGAAAAUAUUCGAAUUGAUGAAAUCACCGCAACUCGGUACGAAAGUUGCUUGCGCUCAUUUCCUAGUUCUCGCCGCGCAUUACUUGCGAGCAGAUCUCGAACCCGUUGCCGGAAAAAUAAUGACUAACUUGUUGAAUGGAAUCUUCGAUAGAAAUGCGACGGUCAGGAAAAAUUAUGCGGAAGCUCUCGGUCAGAUUUCCGCUUAUGCUAAGCCUCAGUCCAUUGAGAAGUUGAUAAAGAAAUUAGUGAACCUGUAUGAAACGAAAGAAGAUGACGCAUCGAGAUCUGCGAUUGCUCUUACACUGAAGUCCGUGGCGAAGGCUAAGAUCGAACAUAUAAAAGACAAUGAAGAUAUCUUAGCACCUGUUAUCUUUUUAGCGAUGCACGGGCCUAAAGAUGAAGAGUCGGUGACGGUGGAGACGUUCGAGGAGCUGUGGGCGGACUUGUCGCCGGCGCGCGCGGCGGGCGUGCGGCGCCAGCUGCCCGCGCUGCGCGCCGCGCUCGAGCGGGCCCUCGCCGCGCCCGCCUGGGCGCUCAAGAUACAGGCGGCAAAAGCAAUAUCAACUAUAUGUAAAGAAUUAACGGAUGGGUUGGGUGAAGAAAGGGAGCCCUUAAUUCGUUCUGUACUCGCUGCGAUUCAAGGGAAGACCUUCGACGGCAAACAUCAUCUCUUAGACGCCUUAGCAGAUCUGUGCGAGGUAAGAGAGGGAGAGACGCUAUCACCGAGCCUGGGGACCGCCAGCGUGGAGGCGUUGGUGUCGGAGAGCUGCAAGCGGUCGGCGCCGCACCGCCGCCACGCGCUGAGGGCGCUCGCGCGGGCGCUGCCGCACGCGCCCCCGCACAGCUUCCCGCAGCUCUACGACAUCGUCAAGCUCAUACUGUCCAAGGAUGAAAAUUCACUAGAUAAAGAUUCAGACGAUGAAGAUAAAGAAGCUUUGAAAAAGAAACAAGAAGAAUUGACGGCCCUAAAAGAAGCCGCAUACGAUUUAUUGGGAAAAGCUUGGCCAAAGGAUCUACACACGCAAGAGAAGUAUCAAGAUUUGUUCUUCGAACACUGUACAAAGUCUUACCCCACAAGUUCGAGGUCAACUCAGCUCGCGAUACUAGCGUCUAUGUCUUGUGUGCUCGGACGUCUCGCGGUACUAGAAGUCGUGCCUAUGGAAACCGAUGACGUCACGCCCACCAACCGUGACAAAGCUAUCACCAAUGUUACUUCCCAUGUGGCGAAUAUUGUUGAAUACACGCUUAAGAAUAGCAACCAAGUGAGACAUAGGAGAGAUGCACUUAAUUUAAUGGAAAUUUUAAUAAAACAAUUAAAAGAAUUAAAUAAAACGGAAGAGUUAAAUAAACUAAAAAACAUUUAUCAGACUUACGCUCCAGAUUUAUCGAAAGAGUCAUCACACGAGUUGCGGUCCAAAGUAGAUAAUAUUAAAGUUUACUUUAAGCAAUGAAGGACACCUCUAUAUCUAAACAAUGAAAUGUCAAAUGUAAUCUACCAAAUGUAUUAAAUGUCUUUCCAAAAAAAUUUUUUUUUAUUUAAACAACAA